CCUCACUUGAAAACUAGUACUAUAACACUGUUAUUUCAUUUCAGCUCUUCAUCUUAAGGGCCGAAACUCAUCAUAUAUUUGUAUAUGGUCUUUGUCCUGUGACCUGCCAGUCCAAUGCAUGUUAUACCAAUACUCGUCAAUUACAUUGAACAGUCCUUCUGAACCUUCUGUCUCCUUUAACAUUGGCAAGUGUUAUUACUGUUCCCUUCUUCAGCCAAAAAAAAAACAAAACCCCUCUUUUUACCAAUAUUUAUUCAUCUUUGCAAGAGCAUGUAAAAAUUCCUCCAAAAAUCUUAUUGCAUUUAUGGAUCUUGCAAGUGCAAAUUACUGUGAAGCUCCACCUCUGUUUCCAUCUCAAGGGGAAGCAACAUUAGAAGGGAAAAAUGGGAACCCAUUUUUGGAUAGUUUUCCUGACCCGCUUUGCAAACUCAAUCUCAAGGAGACAUCUGAUUUUGUGAAGUCAUUACCAACAGCAAGCAUUAAUGGAGGUGAAAGCAGAGUUUUUUUAAGGAAGGAAGGAGUAAGUUCAGUGACAAGGAGGAAUAAUAUGGAUGCUCCAUCAACACCGGGUCGACCUAUUUUCAGCUUCAGUAUUGGGGGGAAUUUUUCAAGAAAACAUUUCCCUUCAAAAUGGGAUGAUGCAGAGAAAUGGCUUGUUAAUGGAAGUUCUUUUCAAGAUUCCCCUGCUUCUCAUCAUAAUAAUAAUUGUUUCAAGCCACCAUUAGAAACAUCAAAAUUGUUAAAGCAGUAUAAUGGGUUCAAGCUAAAAGAAGCUGAAAAUGUCUUUGCAGAAAAAAAUAGAGUUACAGAUGAAAAGGUCUCUAAGGUUGCUUCAGAUUUUCAGGUGGCUUUACCUUUAAACCAUCACCAUAUUUCUGCUGGGGCUUCCUAUGCUGUUUCUCCUGCAACAGAUGUUUUUCUAAAAGAUAAGUUCACAGAUGAAGUGGAAUCUCCCAAAUUUAGAUGCAUAGAACCUACAAAAGAAGGAUUUUUAUUUGGAAAUGGAGCAGGAAAAUCGAUGAAAGACGCAACAACAGAGGUAAUUCAUGAGGUUAAACACAGAGAUAUUGGAACAGAAAUGACCCCAAUUGGCAGCUCUACUACUUCAAGAUGCCAUACUCCAUUCAAGAGCCCAUCACCGGCUCGACAUAAUACACCUGCGGACAGAUCUGGACCGUUAGCCUUACCAAGUUCAGGUUCCGAUAACACGAUUGAUAUUAUGCAAUUGCAAGAAUGCCAUUUAGCAAAAUUGCAGUUCGGGACAGAGUUCGAUUCUGUUACAACCAAUUGGAGUUCGAGGGAGGAAGAAGAGGAGGAUAUAUCGAAGAGUUUGAGACAUUUUGAGAUAAAUAAUGAGUGUAGAAAGAGUGUCUCAGAGUCCAAAACACGUUCGUGGGAAGAAGAGGAGAAGAAUAAAUGUUGCCUCAGGUACCAAAGAGAAGAAGCAAAAAUUCAGGCUUGGAUAAACCUCCAAAAUGCAAAAGCAGAAGCUCAAUCAAAAAAACUUGAGGUGAAAAUCCAGAAGAUGAGAUCAAAUUUGGAAGAGAAAUUAAUGAAAAGGACGGCAAUAGUUCACAGAAAAGCUGAAGAAUGGAGAACUACAGCUCAACUUCAACACAAGGAACAAAUAGAAAAAGUGGUUGACCAAGGACGGAAGAUGAUGUUGACAAGGCAAAACUCACAUUUAUCUGCCCAAACUUCCUGUGGUUGUUUGCCAUGUCGUAACCAUCAUAUUUAACUCAAACUGAGCAGCAAUUAUUCACUCUGUAUUCCUCUGAGUUAUUAAAAAUCUAGAUGAGAAAGCUGUUUUACGGACAAGCACAUAAUACUGUGAACUUACUCGUAGACGGGUCACUUAAAAUGCUGUUGUCCUACUGAUAAAAGAAACGAUGACAUUAUUAGAGUUUC